UUUGGUCUUAUCAUCCUUAUUUGUCAGCUUCUCCUUAAUUUAAGUACUUGGAUCUGAAUUUGAUCGUCUUGCCAAAUGUUAGAUCUAUGUAUUUUUUUUUAUGCUUGAUUCUUAAUUGAGAAACUUUUUGACUUUUGUCUCCUGGUUCACUUUCCUUGCCUUCCACGAUUAAUUCAAGUGGAAGACUUCUGCUUGACUUGAGGAGAAAUUGAUACAGUUAAGGCACCCAUAAUUUUUUUUCCCAGCCAUUAUUUUAAAUGACAAUACUAGAUCUGAAAAAUUACAAUUUUCUUCAAGUGAAAAUCCUUAUGAAGCACAGUUGGCAUCUGGGGUUUCACAGAAUUCUGAUUGCCAAGUUCAGUAAACAAUGGGUGCUGGAGGCAGGACGGCUGUACAGCCUGAGGGCAAGAAGUCCAAAUCUGAUGUUGUUAAGCGUGUUCCAUAUGCCAAACCACCUUUCACAGUUGGUGAGAUUAAGAAAGCCAUCCCACCCCAUUGUUUUCAACGAUCCGUUCUUCGCUCAUUCUCCUAUGUUGUUUAUGACCUCAUAAUUGCUUCUCUCCUCUACUAUGUUGCAACAAGCUAUUUCCAUCUCCUCCCACACCCUCUCUCUUACCUGGCCUGGCCACUUUACUGGAUCUGCCAAGGCUGUGUACUCACCGGAGUUUGGGUCAUUGCUCAUGAAUGUGGCCAUCAUGCAUUCAGUGACUACCAAUGGCUUGAUGACACUGUUGGACUUAUCCUACACUCUGCUCUCCUUGUUCCAUACUUCUCUUGGAAAUAUAGCCAUCGCCGUCACCAUUCAAACACUGGUUCCCUUGAACGGGAUGAAGUCUUUGUACCUAAGAAGAAAUCUGGCAUGAAAUCGCAUGCCAAAUAUCUUAACAACCCCCCUGGCAGAGCAUUCACGCUCCUUGUCCAGCUCACUCUAGGGUGGCCUCUAUACCUGAUGUUCAAUGUUUCUGGGCGGCCAUAUCCCCGCUUUGCCUGUCACUACGACCCUUAUAGCCCUAUAUAUUCAGACCGUGAGCGUGCUCAGAUCUUCAUAUCUGAUGCUGGUAUCUUUGCUGUAACUUAUGGACUGUACCGUCUGGUGGCAGCUAAAGGGCUGUCUUGGGUUCUUUGUGUUUAUGGCGUCCCGUUACUUAUUGUAAACGGGUUCCUUGUACUGAUCACGUUUCUGCAGCACACUCACCCAUCAUUGCCUCAUUAUGAUUCCUCGGAAUGGGAUUGGUUAAGGGGCGCCCUCUCCACCGUGGACAGAGAUUAUGGAAUUCUGAACAAGGUAUUUCAUAACAUCACAGAUACUCAUGUGGCUCAUCAUCUGUUUUCAACCAUGCCACACUAUCAUGCAAUGGAGGCCACAAAGGCUAUCAAACCAAUAUUGGGUGAGUACUAUCAAUUUGAUGGGACGCCAGUGUUCAAGGCAAUGUUCAGAGAAGUGAAGGAGUGUAUUUAUGUGGAGGCAGAUGAAGGUGACAAGAACAAGGGUGUUUUCUGGUAUAAAAAUAAGCUUUGAAUUUAAUCCUGGGGACAAAUGCAUAUUGCAGAUUGAGAAGUUCUGCUGGAGGUUUUGCUUCUCAUGUAUUGGUAAUUUAGAAUGUUUUGGUUGGCAUGUAUUUGAACUUUAUUAAACUUCUAGAUCAGUGCUAAAUCAUAGCAAUAUGAACUUAGAUAGGUGUUCAAGCUGGCAAUCUAGUAUUGAACUGGAAUCAGAAAUCCCUAGCAUGUAGUAAUUGCUUUUUCCAUAAAUAAAUGUUCUUGGUUUGAGUUUGUAUGUAAA